UGGCCGGUCAGACAUGCUGACAGAGGUCCUGCUAAUUACAUAAAAUGAGUUUAGUAAAUUUAGCUGCGACAUUUGUGAAUAAUGUAUUCAGAAGUGCUGAUGUGCCAUAUUGUUGCUAACUUGUGACCAAAAGUAGACAAGGCCUUUCCGUGUGUGUCUCAGACAUGGCAACCCCGUCUAACAUGUUGGCCGAGGAGCAGGUGCAUUGCUCCAUCUGCCUGGACGUCUUCACCAAUCCCGUGUCCAUCCCCUGCGGACACAACUUCUGCGUGGGCUGCAUCCGCGGCUACUGGCGCACCAGCGUGCUCUACCAGUGCCCCAUGUGCAAGAAGACCUUCUACAAGCAGCCCGACACCAGCAUCAACACCGUGCUCCGGGAGAUCGCCGAGCAGUUCAAGGACGUGCGCCGUAAGAACAGCCAGCUGCAGCAGCAGAAAGAGCUGGAGGAGCAGGAAGCGGAGCAGAAGGAGGAACAACAAAAGAAACAACAACAACAACAACAACAACAACGGCAGCCACCACCACGACCAAAACAACCAGAGAAAGUGCAGCAGCAGCAACAACAAACACAAAAGCAAAACAACAACAACAACCAACAACAACAACAACAACAACAACAGAAAACACAACAGGUGGUGCCGAAACUGAAGAAGAAGCCACAGGCAGAAGAGGAGCUGGAGGUCCCUCCCCUGCCCCCACCCCCACCCCCGGUGGCGCCCGCUCCCGCCGAGGAGCUGCUGGCGGACAUCCCCGAGCUGCUGCCGCCGCCGUGGGCCGAGGAGGUGUCGUGCGACGUGUGCACGGGCAUGCGCCUGCGGGCGGUCAAGUCGUGCCUGGUGUGCCUGACGUCGUACUGCGAGGAGCACAUCAAGUCGCACAGCGCCCGCUUCACCAAGCACAAGCUGAUCGAGCCCGUGGCCAACCUGGAGGAGCGCAUGUGCACCAAGCACGAGCGGCUGCUGGAGCUCUACUGCAAGAAGGACCAGACCAUCGUCUGCGUGCUGUGCACCGAGAUGGAUCAUCGCGCCCACUACACCAUACCAGUGGAGCGCGAGUGGGCCGAGAAGAAGACCCACCUGAAAAAGGCAGAGGCCGAGGUGCUGCAGAUGAUCCAGGACCGGCAGAGGAAGGUGGAUGAGAUCAGGCGCUCAGUAGAGCUUAACAAAUCCAGUGCACUGCGUGAGAUCGAGGACAGCAUGCAGGUGUUCUCGGAGCUGGUGCGGGCGGUGCAGCGGGCCCAGGCCGAGCUGGUGCUGGCCAUCGAGGAGAAGCAGCGUCAGACGGAGCGCUGGGCCCAGGGCCUCAUCACUGAGCUGGAGCAGGAGAUCGCCGACUUGCACAAGAGGAACUCCGACCUUGGGCACCUGGCUCGCACAGAAGACCACAUCCACUUCCUACAGAAAUUUCCGGCACUUUGUACACACCGACCCACCAAGGACUGGUCUGGGACCAGUGUUCACACUGAUCAGUGUGUGGGAACCAUCAGGCGUGCCGUGGCCAGACUAGAGGACACGCUGGAGGAGGAAAUAGACAAACUGGCUGCUAAUGAGCUGAAGAGAGUCCAGCAACAUUUAGCUGAUGUGACCCUUGACCCCGACACGGCCAACCCGUGGCUGCAGCUGUCCGAGGACUGCCGCCAGCUGCGGCACCUGGGCUCGUGGCAAGACCUGCCGGACACGCCCGAGCGCUUCGACACGGUGGUGAUCGCGCUGGGCCGUGAGCCCAUCGUCACGGGCCGCCGCUACUGGGAGGUGCAGGUGGGCGACAAGGACGACUGGUACCUGGGCGUGGCGCGCGCCUCCGUCAACCGCAAGGGCCGCAUCGCCGUCAGCACCUCGCACGGCUACUGGGCGCUGGCCAUGAAGAAGGGCGGCGAGUACCGCGUCUCGUCCAGCCCACCCCUGCUCCUCGCGCUGCCCGCCAAGCUCAAGCGUGUUGGCGUGUACGUGGACUACGAGGAGGGGCAGAUCUCCUUCUACGACGUCCUGGCGCGCAGCCACCUCCACACCUUCCUAGACACCUUCCAGGAGACACUCUACCCCUUCUUCUACCUGUACUGCUGCGACAAGGCCUCGGACACCAUCGCCAUCGGCCCCGCCAGUGACAAAACCCUCAUCAAACAGUGCCUGGAAUUCUGCAAUCCUGUCUUCUUUCUCCUGCACAGAUCAAAUACUCACUUCCUAGUUUGGGUAUCACAGGGCAGCGCACAAACAAAUAAAAGAAAACAAAUAAAAAAUUACUUUUUGUUGAUUGCGGAAAUGGCCUGUGCUUCACCUGUGCGCCCCUCCCUGGGCUCCGCCAUGAAAGCCUCGCAGCACCUGCGUUGCUCCAUCUGCCUGGACUUCUACACAGACCCAGUGACCACGGUGUGCGGCCACACCUUCUGCCUGACCUGCUUGGACCGCAACCGGCACUACAACGACACGGGGUGCCCGCUGUGCAAGAACUUCCUGGGCGGCAGCGGGCAGCUGAGGGUCAACGUGGUGCUGAAGGCCCUGGUGGAGGAGGAGGUGGAGGCGCUGCGGGCCAACACCUGUUCCGGGUCGCCGGACGAGGUGCCGUGCGACUUGUGCCCGGCGAGCAGGAGGCUGAGGGCAGUCAAGUCCUGCCUGGUGUGCCUGAGCUCGUACUGCGCCGAGCACCUGGGGCCACACGUGGACCGGCUGAGGCUGAAGGGACACAAGCUGGUGGCGCCGCUCGGCGAUCUGGACCAGAGGGCCUGCUUGAUCCACGGGCGGGCGCUGGAGCUCUACCGGCCAAAGUGCGAGGGCAGGGACACGGCCUGCCUCUGCACCAUGUGUGUGGAGGAGGGAGAUGUGGUCAUCCCAGUGGAAACAGCCCGGGACAGGAAGAAGUCUGAGUGGGGGAAAAUCAAGAGUGGCAUUAAAGAACAAAUUCGGGAGAGGGAGAAUAAGCUGAAGGAGUUUCAGACCUUGGCUCUGGACUGCAAGACUCAGAUAGAGGCAGAGAUGAAGGAGGUGAAGGGGGUGUUUGUGGAGGUCAUGAAGGCUGUGAGGAGGGCUGAGGAGGAGGCGCUCGGGCCUUUAGAGGAGAGGAAGAGGAGGGUGGAUGAGGAAGAGCAGAAGCUGCAACGGGGGCUAGAGGAGGAGAUCGGGAAAUUUGAAGACUUCGUCACGAGGCUUAGCCAGUUGGAGGACGACGAGGAUCACGUUCAGUCUCUUCAGAGGUCUCCCUCUGACCCUGCCCUGAAAGGAAUGAGGGACUGGACAGAUGUUGCCAUGGAUACAGACCUCAGUUUUGGCACUUUGAGGAUUACCCAGGCGACCAUGAUGACAGACAUAGAGGCUGAGUUUGAGAAGCUAACAUCUCUGGAAAUGAGCAGAAUCCAGAAGUUUCUUGCUGACGUGACUCUGGACCCAGACACAGCCCACCCCCACCUGAUUGUGUCCAAGGAUGGGAGGGAGGUGAGCUACGGGGACGAGAGGCUAGACGUCUCCGACGGUCCCCAGAGGUUCGACACGUUCAGCAGCGUCCUGGCACAUGACGUGCUUUUCUCCAGCGGCCGUGCCUACUGGGAGGUGGAGGUGGGGGACAAGACUGGCUGGGACAUUGGAGUGGCGAGCGAGGAAGCCAAUCGGAAGGGGGCGAUCUCUUUCAAGCCCCGAGAUGGUUACUGGGCCCUUGUGCUGUACGGGGAGGGCCAGUACGCAGCACUGGAUGAUCCCAGGGUCAGCCUUUCCCUCCAGACGAAGCCACGGAAGGUGGGGGUGUUUGUUGAUCGCAAGGAGGGCUUGGUGUCUUUCUAUGAUGCAGAUGUCAAAGGUCACAUCUACUCGUUCACUGGCUGUUCCUUCUCCAUGGGCCUGAGGCUCUUCCCCUACUUCAGCCCCCAUCUUUCCACUGGACAGAACUCCGAGCCAUUGGUCAUAUCCCCUGUUAAACACUGCACUUAAUUACCAUAGGUUAUAUAGGCUCAUUUGUGUCAAACUUCCAAAAGUCCAAUACAAUUAUAUUUAAUACAUAUGGUUUUAUGUGUGGGAGCAUAAUGCAUUAAUCAGGGCUCGAAUUAUCUUUUUGUCUCUAAGGGGGUCUCUCUCUCAUAAAAAGUUGGCACACCCCGCGCCUAAC